AGGGUUUACUCUGAUACAAACAUGUCGACGUCUGGGUUGGUAGUUUCAUUUUCGUCGGAGAUCUCGGCUUUUCAAGCUGGCACGCAAUGGAGAAGGGUUACACUGGUUUGAGGAGAACGCGAAAACGUGCACAUUCGACCAAGUGCUCGUGUUGCUACUCGUCAGAAGACGAACCGGAAAAUCAUGCAAGCGCUAGAAAAGAGAAGUCCAAAGAAUGUGAUCCUGACAAUGGGAAACGAGCAAGCACGAGAAAAAAAGUGAAAACAGAGGAUGCUGCAAGUGUCUUUAAUGUCAAAAAUACAGGUGAAGGAACUCAAUCAGAUGAGUCUGUCAGCAAAACACAAAAGGGGAAUCAAAACAAGAAGUCAACAGCCUCUGAGACAUCCAAGAAAACUGUUCCAACUCGAAGAAAAACAUCAACUGCGCAGAAAUCAUUGGAAAGCAAUUCAGAUGGGGAAGAUCUUGAACUGACAAAAAAACAACAUGGCAAAGUUAGCAAACCCAUGGAGAAAAAGAAAAGAAAAGUGCGAUCACUGACAUCAAAAAAUGACAAGAAUCAAGGAGAAAACACAGAUUUGAACAAAAGUGCAGAUAGUUUGGUAAACAAAACAUUAGCUCAAACUCAAUCAAGGAACAAAAGGGUGAAGAAAAAGACUUUGAAAGAUGAAGUGCAAAAUACUCCAAGGAAAGUUGACAAGAAUUUUGCUCACAGUAAGGAAAAGUCUAUAAACAAUAAACAAAAUACUACCAAGGCAAAGGCUGAGCUUUUUGUAGGAGGGACAGUGUCAAGUGAACUGAAACAAUCCAGUUCCAAAACAAGUGAGACAGAAGGUGAGAAACCGAUUAAGACUAGAGGUACUUCAAAAAGUGUUAAAUCUGUGAAUGAAUCAAAUGGGGAAACCACAAAGGGGAAAGAUGUUCCUCUUGGAAGCAGAAAACGCACUAAUAAUUUCAAAAAUGGUGGAAGUUUGUCUGAGAAGAAGAUUGGUGUGUUUGAUCAUUUAUUUGCUGAACUAAAAAAGUGCCCAGGAUUUAGCAAAGUUACAGUUUCAUCUGCUGCUGAAUUGCUUCUCAAGCUGACAGCAGACAAACUAAAGUCUUUGAUCCCUGGCUUGCCAUCGAAAAAGAUGAAAAUAAGUGUGGAUAAAUUGAAAAAGACUGGAGAAGAUGCGACAUUGUUUCCAGGGAAAUCGAAUUCUUCUUGUUCUGUAAGUGAGCCAAAAAGGAAGCGUCCAAACUCUGAAAAGUCUCCUCUAGGAUCUCCCGUAUGUCCAGAGAGGCCAACAACAGGGAAAUCUGAGCAAGUCAAACUUUCACAGGCUGCGGAGGCGCUGGUCAGCUUCCGCACCAAUCCUACCAUUUUGCGUCAGGAUAACAAAGAAGGUGACAUUUCACAUGGAAAGUCUCAAGAUGAAGUCACCUCAAAUACUUAUCCUGACUCUGUAAACAAUUCCUCUUCUAAGGAGCCCAGCUUGGUCAGCAAUGUUGUCUCUGCAUCAGUACAAAAUGUUACCUUAACAAGUGAGCAAGUUUUGUCACAGGUUGAAAGUAAUUCACAUUCACAGAGCCAGGUAGUACCACAAGUUCAGCCAGGUCUUGUUGUGCAGAGUCCUUUCCCACAACAAACUGUAAGAUUUCCUGCAAAUAUCGAAGCAAGCCUGCAACAAGUGGCUCAUGUACAGCAGAACUUGUUGAAUCUCAGUCAGGUAACAUCCCAGUUGAGUGCAGCUGCAGUGGCACCACCUCAAUUAAGCCCAAGUUUAACAGGAGCUUGCCCAACAAAUCCACCAGGGUCAAAUGUCUUGGGACCAAGGAUUUUGAAUUCAGCUGCAAUGCAAAAUAUUCAGGGUCUAUUUUGUAGACCAGUGGUGCCCUCAAAUAUCCAAACAUCAAUGACUGCACAAAACCCAGCUCCAUCUCUGCCACCAAGCAGCAAUGCUCAACGAGCUCAUCCACAACAGCCAUUGAAAGGAAUGGAAAAUGUUGUCAGCUGUGUUGGCUCACGGUCAACUGCUAAUUUGCUGUGGAACAUCAAACCAGCAACACCUGUUGUCUAUUUGACAAGCCCCCAGACACUUACUGGUGUCAGAGCUAGGAACUUGAUACCUCAAACUGAAGGUCAUACACCAUUACCUUUUACCUCUGGUGUGGCUAGUGUUCAGGCAUUGGGAAUUCCAAAGACCACACUAAACUCUACAAGUACAAGUAUAUUUACAUUAGGGAAAACAACAGGAGUGAGUCAGGCUGCCCCACAGGUAGCACCUCAGUCUGUCAGUGUUAGUAGCCAACGGCUAAUUCUACCCCGUGAGCAGAGGGCAACACCUGUGUUUCCAGGUGGAUUGCAAAGUGCUGCUGCUCAGAUUCUGCCAACAACUGUCAUGGGGCAGAUCCCAAGAAGUAUUGCUCCAGUUGUUCUACCCAGAAGUGUUCCACUUCAGUUGGGUAAUGUAGGAGUGACAACUACCUUGAGUGCCAGGCAGCCAGUAACAUCCAGUACGACACCAGUAUUGUGUGCUACCACUGUGCAAACCACUUCAGCUACUAAAACAACAACAACAGUUGCACCAGUGAGUGCCAAACAGGCUGUGAAGAAGUUUGUUCACGAGAGGACCAAGUCUGUGGAACUGAAACGGACAGCCAGUCUGAACAACCUACUGACAAAUGAACCUGUACCAGCUUCCAAAUCUGCUGGGAUUGACAAAUCAAAAGGUGUUAUGGUGAAUACUGCGUUGCAGAGUCAUGGCAACCAGCCAUCAGACUCAUCAGAGAAGCAAAGUGCAACCAAGCAGUCAGACUUCAAUUUGCACCAGGCUGUGUCAGCACUUCUCAGCAUCAGCUCACAGGAUGGAUUAGAUGCAUCUGAUUCCACUCCACCAGCAGGAGAAGGUGAUGAGUCCCUAGAUGAGCAUGAUGAUGAGGUUGUUUUCACCAGCAAGGGAGUGUUCCGUGUUGGAGAUGUAGAUGUUGACCCAAAAUACAACAGAAUUGGCAGAGAGGGUUACACUUGUGGUAAAUGUGGCAAGAUAUUUACCUCUCUCAGCUAUCUGGCACGACAUAUCAAGCGCGUGUGUCCAGACAUGAGUUGCAGGAAGUGGAAAUGUACUAUGUGUGACAAGGCAUUUCGCCAUCCAUUUGGUCUCCAGCAGCACAUUUACACCCACACAGGGGAGAGGCCACAUAAAUGUUCUCAGUGUCCAAAGGCUUUUUAUAGUUCCAAUGACCUAAGGAGACACAGCAGAAUACACUCAGGUGAGCGCCCUUACCAUUGUAAGCAUUGUGAGAAGAGUUUUGCCACCACAAUAUCUUUGAAGACACAUACUUACAUCCAUACUGGGGAGAAGCCACACAAAUGUCCCCACUGUCCUAAGACAUUUGCCACUUCAAGCAAAUUGGGACGACAUAUUGUGACUCACUCAGAACAGCGUCCCUUUGCAUGUGACCAUUGUCCUAAGUCUUUCAACAGAUCAGGUGAUCUACGGCGACAUAACAUGCACGUGCAUGAAUCCCGUGACAAGCCAUUUGAUGUGGAUGACAGCAGUAUGACACAGUCAAACACCAACAAUAAUACCAGUACUUCCAGGGACAAAGACCAGGAUCCAGGGAAUAAGAAGAAUUGUGAUUUAUCACCAGAGCUGGGGCAUAAUCUGUCCCAUGAUGCUACCGCAAAGGCUAGCCAGGGUGGGCAAACUUUGAAUAAAUCCAACCUCACAGGCGAAAUCCUGGCGGAGAGCACAGAAUCAUGCAGUGGAGACAAUGGUUAGGUUUAAAUAAUUACGGUAAUCAUUAUUCACCAAAGGGGAGGUAAACAUCCAGUACUUUCACCCAAAUGGAGACAAAUAGCAAAUAAAUACCACACAGAAACUAGACAAUUAGUUUACUUUUUGUCGUUAUUCCCAAAUAUUGUGGGAAAAGAUUCCUCAUGUGCAAUUUUAUGUCCAUGGCUGCUCAGACAUGAAUAGUACUUGCUAAUCACUUCUGAGCCAGCUAAUCAGUGGGAGCAAAAAUUCUCAUUCACUUGUUGUGUGGUACAAUACACACUAAGUUCAUUCAGUUACUGGAUGGCUCCCUAAGCUUGUUCAGUCAAAAUUCCUUGGUGUCUGUCAACUUCUUAAUUUGAGUUUUUGUAGACCACAGCUUUGUCUUUGUCUACUGUAGUUCAGUUACACUAAAAGACCUUGGCAAAUAUUAAGCCAUGUUUGGCCCUCACAAGGUCAAUGACAAUUACCUUUUGAUUUUUAAUGAAUGUCUUUGCAGCAACGUUUUUAGGGUGUGAAGGUAGAGACUUUCUUGUCGAAGCUAAAUUUUGAACCUAAUUAAAGGUUUCUAGGAGUGGUUAUGUUAAAUUUGUGCUUCAUGAAUUGGUGUAGAAAAAUGAUUUAUUAAGAAUGUUCUGGUAUGUCACAGCAUUAGAAUAAGUGAAUACAGAUACGUCAAAUUUGAGCAGCCUUGCAAGUGCACUUUUGGUGGAAUCUGUGAGGGUAAAGCUGUGGGGUUUUUUUUCUCCUGGAAGCUCUGCAUGAUUUGUUUGUAUGAUUUUUGACAAAUCCCUGUAAAUUCCUUACAAAGUGUUUCUAAUAGUGGACCUAGGUUCAAAAAGUGCUUUUAUUUCAUAAUUGAAAAUUUAUUAUCAAUGGGGUUUGAUAUCAUGGUUAAGGAUUUCAAAGAGAGGUUUAUUACAGUUAAUUACUAUUUAGUUUGAAUGUGCUGGAUUCACACCUUUUUUGUGGUCAGGGUGUUUUUUUUGUGAGAGCAAAGUUGUUGUAUGCGCUCAGUUAUUGCCUCAUUGUGCUUUGCAAUGAUUAUUUUAUGCCGUCUCCUUUUGGAGAGUGUUUUGUAUAGUGCCACGUAAAUUUGAAAUAUUCAUAGAAUAUUGCUUCAUGCUGUGUAAUGGGUAGCCACCUAUGUGGCAAAAGAACUAGUCAAAAAUUAUUGCAAUUAGACAAAAUUCUUCCCCACUAUUGAAAGGGGAAUUUUCUCCUUUAUGUAACAAGGAUGCUCAUUGCUGAAGAUCUUCCUUUUAACAUUUGAUUAUCAAUUCCCCUUUCUUGACUCCCUACAAUUCCUCACUGUUGGUGAGGAGAAUUUGGUAUUUCAACAAUUUACGACAUACCUAAUCUCCAGCAUAAUCUCUCUGCUAUCACCUUUAAAAUGGAAGUUUCCUGGAAAAGAGGGACCAGGAUUGGGAAGCUGGAAUCAGAGAUCAGGGAUUGGAAAUUGAUUACUUGAGUGUAUGAAAUUUGUUCUCCUUUAUUGGUUUCCAUUUUCUAUCCUAGAGAAUAUUUUAUCUCCCACCUUCAUUGUAAAUUCUGGAUCCUGGUUUUCCAAGAAAGCUUUGCUGGAUGUUAGGAGGUUGAGGGUCAAAGCAGACUUUUCUUUGUACCCUUACAAACCAUGUACCUUGACAGCCCUGUCAGAGGAUGGAGCUAAAUUAUCAUAAUUGUCAUUAAUUUAUUUAUAUAUUUAUUUAGUUAGGUUUUUUUUUUUUGGAGGGGGGGGGGAAUUGGUGAUUUACAGGAAAAUUUCAAGGGAUGUUGACACAGGAAAGUGUUUGUAAUGUCACACCCCUACAAUGAGCAUUCUUUCAUUACAAUGAGGGAAAUUCUUCUUUUUGGGGUUUUGAAUUUCAGUGGGCCAGGUUGCUGUUUGAGAUAUAUGAUCUGCAGAAUUUAGCUUCAGUUGAGCUCUUUUUCAGAGGUUAGUUAGCUGUUUCUUGCACGGAACAUCUUUCAGAUUUUGAGUGAGUUUGUUUUCAUUUGAAAUUGAGUUGUUACAAACUUAAUUAAUGAUAUCGUUUCCAAAUUAAUCACCUUCCAUAUGUUCCCAUCAUCAGUUGUAUCUGCUUUGUUAUUAAUUGGUAUUUAAAGGGAUACUAAAUAGUGGAUUUUUAAUUCUCUUAUGAAAACAUUUAAUGAUUUUCUAUACUAAGUCACUUAAGUUUUGAUGUGACCUCAUUGCAAAUUAGUUUUUUUCCCUAACCACCUUUCUGUAUUAUUGGAAAAAACUAGAAUUGUCUUGUCAAAAUCAAGGCACAAAAUUUUGUCAUGACAAAUAUUUGUCUCAUCUGUUGGGUCCAUUUUAAAGAUUUCAAAGCUGUCAAAUUCCUUCUGUCAGUGACUAAUCUGCUCGUAAGAGCAGCUGGCAUAGUUUGCGAAAGGAUUCAAACUUUAAUUACUGCGUAAACUAAGCGUAAAUCCAUGCUGAUGGUAGCUUUUAUGAUAAAUGAUAUACAAGACUAUCAUUGAUUGGUAUCUAUCGGCAUUGUUUCUUUGGUCAGUUUUGCCCAAUUUUUUUGCUUCAGCCAAGAUUUGUCAAGUCAUGACAACCCAUCUGCACCUGUAAAGUGCUAGUGAUGACAGAAAAUUUGUCUAAACAUACAACUUUUUGCCAAUGCAAAUAGGCCCUCAAUAAUCAGAAUUUUCUUUUGAAUUCAUUGUUGUCUUUUGAAAAGUAAUUUGGUUAUUGAUGAGAUUGAUAUACUUUUCAGGAUCUCCUUUUUUAUCAGUAAGAAAUGUAUUUUUUACUUUAAUUAUUUUAUGUAGGUAUUUGUCCCUUAUAUAAAAAUAAACAAUAAUGGUGUAGUUAAUGUUGACAUUUGGAGCCUAACAGACAAGUGAUUUGCAUUAUGGUUUUUUCCAGCCAAAAUUUAUCUUUGCAUUCAAUAUUUCACAACCUAUGUAUCUAUCUGACAUAUGAUCUUAAGUCAUUUGAUAAAUAGCUAUCAUUACUUUAUGGUUUUAGGUUGUCAAUUUAUUUUUGUUCAGCAUGGGUGUCUGGCCAUAAGAAAUCACAAGCUUGUAUUGUUUGAUUACAAAUGCGCUGUCCUUUUAAACUAAAUAUUCUGUUUGGAAAUGAAAAAAGAAAAAAAGUAAGAUAUUUGUUUGGGUAUAAAUGGUUCAUUCUGCUUAUAUGGCUUGCUAUAUAACAAGAAAGGAGCUUUUCAAGUUUAAAGAUACUAUUUAAUUUUGCAAUCCAACAUAUGAUGUAAAAAUGAAUUAAGUAAAACAUAGCUUGAAGUAUUUUCCAUUGUUUCAAGUAUUUGUUUUCUUUACAAAAAUAAGAAUCUUUUGAAUGUGUUCGUACAUAAGCCACAUGUUAAAUCAUUUUCGUUGUGAGCCAUUGAAAAACGUUUUUUGUUUUGUUAGAAAUAGACUUAUGCUAGAUGAUGCAAUGAAUUCAGUUUACUCAGGAAAAAGAUAUCUGUUCCAGCUUGCUUGCCUCUGUGUGAUGUUUUUGUUUUUGUU